AAAGCAUCUCCGCCGGCCGGAUACACCGCCGGCGGCGGGUUCUCAGCUGAGAAUAUUCGGUCGAUUUCGCAGGUUUUCACCAUGAAUUUGCAGAGUUGAAAAGUAAUGAGCUAAGAUGAAUAUAAGUUGAAAAAACAGGCCCUAAAUUGAACUCUGCACACACACUAAUAUGAAGUUGCAACUCAACAUAGAACUGAGCUAAGGCAUAGUACCAUGUAGCUAUGACCAUCUACUCUCCUACCACCAUUUCAAAAACAACGGUGGGCCCCGCCCGCCCUUGUCCUGGGGUGGUGAGGGCUGGCACGAUGCAAGAGGUCAAGUACACGUGUCAAGAAAGAAGAGAGUUUGCGCAAAACUACUGAAUUUGCAGAAUUGUUUGAAAAGGUGAUCGUUUGGUCGUUUCUGAGGAGCCCACGAGGACAGGCCUGCCCGGCCUGCCCGCCCGGCCCCUCUCUCUGUCACAGAGAAAAUCUUUUAUCUGUUUUUUGUUCCUCUUCCAAUAAUCCAAUCCAUACACACACACACACAUAUAUAUACACAUCCAAACCCUAAAUUCUAGCUUGAUUAUAUUGGUGGACGAUCAUGGCGGCGGCUUCUCUUCCGGAUCGACUGGCUUCUGCCGUCGUCACGGCCCGCUUCGCUCGGAAUUUCCUCCGGUCGCUGGAAAAUCUCAGCCGCCGGAGUUCCGAGACGACGACUCGCCGGACGCGGUACCGCAAGAUCAAGCUCGCCGCCUACGCAUCCAUGGCCUCCGCCGUCGGCGCCGACCACGUCUGGAGCCGCGCCCUGCUCUGGAAGAUCCGCAGCCGCGCCUCCCUCCACCGCCUCCCCACCAAAUCACACGGAAAGUUACGAGGCCGAAGAAGGUCGAGGAGCGAGGCGGGAGACGAUGACGACGAAGCGGAGGAGCUUCGGAAGAUAGUUCCGGGCGGCGACGCCAUGGACAUGGGUCUCUUGCUUGAGGAAACUGCCCAUUACAUACAGUGCCUUGCGUCGCAGUGGCGUUGCGCAGUUGGUAAAGGUAGGGAAUGCCAAGGGGGUAGACAGGAGUUCGAAUCCUGACAACUGCGCUGGGAUGCAAUUAUGCUAAGUGUAAGGCUUCUCCAAUUUACCUUCUCUCACUCCGGAUUGGCAUGACUGUCGUGGAGAAUGCAUAAGGCUUCUCCAAUAUAUAUUGUCACUCCGG